AUGUCUUCACUUGCUACCAGUGCACAACUGAAUUCUCCUUUUGGUGUUUUUGUUUCAUCAAAUAAUGAAGUUUAUAUUGCUGAUUAUGGUAAUCAAAGAAUUAGAAAAAUAUUAAAAAAUGGAAAUAUUGUAACAAUUGCUGGAAAUGGAACUGCUGGAUUCAGAGGUGAUAAUGGUCCUGCAACAAAUGCACAACUGUAUAAUCCUUAUAGCGUUUUUGUUUCAUCAAAUAAUGAAGUUUAUAUUGCUGAUUUUAGUAAUCAUAGAAUUAGAAAAAUAUUAGAAAAUGGAAAAAUUGUAACAAUUGCUGGAAAUGGAACUGGUGGAUUCAGUGGUGAUAAUGGUCCUGCAACAAAUGCACAACUGAAUAAUCCUUAUAGCGUUUUUGUUUCAUCAAAUAAUGAAGUUUAUAUUGUUGAUUAUAAUAAUCAUAGAAUUAGAAAAAUAUUAAAAAAUGGAAAUAUUGUAACAAUUGCUGGAAAUGGAACUGGUGGAUUCAGUGGUGAUAAUGGUCCUGCAACAAAUGCACAACUGAAUAAUCCUAUGGGUGUUUUUGUUUCAUCAAAUAAUGAAGUUUAUAUUGCUGAUUAUUAUAAUCAUAGAAUUAGAAAAAUAUUAGAAAAUGGAAAUAUUGUAACAAUUGCUGGAAAUGGAACUGCUGGAUUCAGUGGUGAUUCACCUUUUGAUAUUAGAACGUAUCCUCAUAUUGGAAAUAAGUUAUUAACUGGAAAUGGUAACUUACAUUCUAAAAUAGAAUUUCAUAAUUUGAAAAAACAUUCAAGAGAUGAAUUAUUUGGAUUGCCAAUUUAUGGAUUCAUUCCCCUCAUUGAAAAAACUUCACCAAAAUUUAGUAACAUUUUGAAGAAUGAAAAGAUACUUUGUUUGAUGAGUUCAUCACAACAAGAAAUUAUUCAAAAAUUAAUUGACUCUUUGAUAUACGAUAAGAAUAAGGUAAAGUUUAACAAAGAAGAAAUGUUGGAUGUUUUAUUCAUUUUGGGUUUAUUUAAGAAUGGUGAAUUUAUUGAUUUGAAAAGAUCAUUAACAAAAAAUGGAAAUAUUGUAACAAUUGCUGGAAAUGGAACUGCUGGAUUCAGAGGUGAUAAUGGUCCUGCAACAAAUGCACAACUGUAUAAUCCUUAUAGCGUUUUUGUUUCAUCAAAUAAUGAAGUUUAUAUUGUUGAUUAUAAUAAUCAUAGAAUUAGAAAAAUAUUAAAAAAUGGAAAUAUUGUAACAAUUGCUGGAAAUGGAACUGGUGGAUUCAGUGGUGAUAAUGGUCCUGCAACAAAUGCACAACUGAAUAAUCCUAUGGUGGUGAUUCACCUUGGUCCUGCAACAAAUGCUCAACUGAAUAAUCCUUAUAGCGUUUUUGUUUCAUCAAAUAAUGAAGUUUAUAUUGUUGAUUAUAAUAAUCAUAGAAUUAGAAAAAUAUUAGAAAAUGGAAAUAUUGUAACAAUUGCUGGAAAUGGAACUGGUGGAUUCAGUGGUGAUAAUGGUCCUGCAACAAAUGCACAACUGAAUAAUCCUAUGGGUGUUUUUGUUUCAUCAAAUAAUGAAGUUUAUAUUGCUGAUUAUUAUAAUCAUAGAAUUAGAAAAAUAUUAGAAAAUGGAAAUAUUGUAACAAUUGCUGGAAAUGGAACUGCUGGAUUCAGUGGUGAUUCACCUUUUGAUAUUAGAACGUAUCCUCAUAUUGGAAAUAAAGAUGAAUUAUUUGGAUUGCCAAUUUAUGGAUUCAUUCCCCUCAUUGAAAAAACUUCACCAAAAUUUAGUAACAUUUUGAAGAAUGAAAAGAUACUUUGUUUGAUGAGUUCAUCACAACAAGAAAUUAUUCAAAAAUUAAUUGACUCUUUGAUAUACGAUAAGAAUAAGGUAAAGUUUAACAAAGAAGAAAUGUUGGAUGUUUUAUUCAUUUUGGGUUUAUUUAAGAAUGGUGAAUUUAUUGAUUUGAAAAGAUCAUUAACAAGUGAAUUUGUGAACUCACUCACAUUAGAAAAUCUUACUUUCAAAUGGGAAACAAUUGAAAAUUUACUCAAAAUUUGCAAGGAGGAAUUCAAUGUUCAAAAUUACAUUCUUGAUCAUUUGAAUAACUAUUGUAUUGAAUAUGCUGUUGUUCAAAUGAGGACUAAAGAAGGAAACACUGUAUUACCGACUCUUCCAAUAAUUAUGAGAAAUGGUGUUGCCAUUUUUUCAAAAAUGAUCAUUACUAAACCAACUGCAAUUAAUAUUGAGGAAACAAUUGAGAUUAAACCACAAACAAUUGAAUCAUUAUAUAAUGACAAGAAAACAAGUGAUGUGAAAAUCAAAAUGGGACAAAACAAAUACUUAUAUUGUCACAAAACUGUAUUGAGUUCAUCAAGUACAUUGUUUAAUGCAUUAUUUGACAGUGGAUCUUGUUUCAGUGAUUUAAGUGAUGAUGGAAUAUUCACACCUGACGAAUCAGAAGAUUUAGAAUUAUUGGAAAUUGUGAUCAAACAUUGUUAUGGAAUUUCAAUUGACAAAAUUGAUGCUGUUAAAAUUAUUGGAUUACUUGAUAUGGCAAUGAAACAUGAAAUUCAAUAUCUGGUCGAUUAUUGCAAGAAUAACUUUAAUCUAUCCAUUGAUAAUUACUUUACAAUACUUGAAGCAUGUGAAAAAUAUCUUGAUUUACAACCAUUUGAGCAAUUUAUGAGAGAUAUUAUCAAAUUUAGCAUUACCAACAGAAAACAACUUUUCAAGGAUCGCAAUAGAAUUUCCAACUUACCUGAAAAAGUUUGGCAAGAAAUGGUCUUCAAGUUUUCACAGGACUUUUGA